UCCAGGCCUUGUGCCAAGCUGUGCUAGCACUUGGCGUUACUGCAAAACCCCAAGAUGUGUCAGUCCUGUUACAACAUGUGAACAGAGCCUGCUUUAUCUGACAGUCCCUCCAGCACCUGCUUACACAGCUCAUCUCUGGAGCUGCAGCAGGUGCGACUGCACGAGGACUGAGCCAGACGAGAGGGAAGACAGAGCCAUGAACCUCAUCUUGGACAUCCUCCUGCUUCUGGUCACCAUCAUCUUUUCCUACUUGGAGUCAUUGGUGCUGUUUUUCAUCCCACAAAAAAGGAAAUCCGUGGCUGGGGAGGUCGUUCUCAUUACUGGAGCAGGCCAUGGAAUAGGCAGGCUGACCGCCUACGAAUUUGCAAAGAGGAAAAGCAGACUGAUUCUAUGGGAUAUUAAUAAGCAUGGUGUCGAGGCAACUGCAGCUGAAUGCCGAAAGCUAGGAGUCACUGUGCAUGCUUCCGUGGUGGACUGCAGUAACAGAGAAGAAAUUUACAGUUCCAUAAGCCAGGUGAAGAAAGAAGUGGGUGAAAUCACCAUCGUGGUGAAUAAUGCUGGGGCGAUAUAUCCAGCUGAUCUGCUUAGUGCCAAGGAUGAAGAGAUUCUCAAAACCUUCGAAGUCAACAUCCUAGGACACUUUUGGAUCACAAAAGCACUUCUUCCAUCAAUGAUGAAGCGAAACCAUGGCCACAUUGUCACCGUGGCCUCAGUGUGUGGCCACGGAGUGAUCCCUUAUCUCAUUCCUUACUGUUCCAGCAAAUUCGCAGCUGUUGGCUUUCACAGAGCUCUGACGUCAGAACUGGAAGCCUUGGGAAAAACUGGCAUCAAAACCUCCUGUCUCUGCCCAGUUUUUGUGAAUACUGGGUUCACCAAAAACCCCAGCACCAGAUUAUGGCCUGUUUUGGAGACAGACAGAGUUGCAAAAAGCCUGAUUGAUGGAAUACUUACCAAUAAAAAAAUGAUUUUUGUCCCGUCAUACAUCAAUAUCUCACUAAUACUGGAGAAGUUUCUCCCUGAACGUGCCUUGGCAGCCAUAAGUCGUGUGCAGAACAUUCAGUUUGAAGCAGUGGUUGGCCACAAAACCAAAGUGAAAUGAGGUUUGCCAGAGCUGAACACGCAUUCAUGAUCUGAAUCUGAUGCUUUAGUUCACACUUUCUCAGUGCUGUCAAUGCUUAAAUACAGGCAUUGGCAUUAGUGCAGUCAAAUGAACAAGACUAAAUGCCUGUAUUUUCAAAAUGAAAACCUAUAAGAAAUAAACUUUUAUUGUUUACAU